AUCGAAACAGCUCCGUAUACAACUAAAAACGUGCGAAAUUCAUCCAAAGGACGGCAGCGCAGCCCAUCCCAAGCUCCGCAAAAAGGAAGAACGCCCUCUUUUAACUUACUAUGCACCACGAUUCCUUCGGCAGCUCUACCGGCUUUCGUGGCGUCGAUGUUGCCGUUCUUGCACGGCCACACUUGCUGAUUGCAAACAUCAGAGCCCACGAAAACGACAUUCUGCUCGGGCGAGGUGGAAAGAAUAAUCAACACGCAGGGAACCAAAAGCUUCGACGGAUGGCUCGCCAGUAUUGCGCGCGGUAUCAUGCCGCGGCGAAGAAGCAGAAGCCUGUGAUUGCACUCGAACUCGUCAGGCAGGUCCAUUCCCUGUCCCCGCCUGGACGUUUUCUGAAGCACAAAAUGGGAGGUUGGGAAGAAGCCACGGAAGAUAUUGCGAAGGAAAAAGUCAGUCAAUGUCUACGAGAUAUCGUAGCGUCUCAGCUCAAAGCUGGAAAUUCUCUAUCUACACUGGAGGAAGCGACGAUACAUGUCAAUUGUCGAACUUUUAUGGAAGCGCCGCCUUCCAAUACCUUCCAACAGUAUACCAAUCAUGUUACUCCUUCUGCUUCACCAAGCGCAACAAGCCACUCGCAAAAGCAAAUGUUUGACUGGCAGCAACCGAUGAUGCAACCGUACCGGAACGAUAGUUCCGGAGUCCGGUAUAUCUCCCCACCGGAUGUAUCAGCAAAAAGGACGAUGCACUGCAUACAGAGUCGCUCCUCUUUUGAAGGAAUGAGAGAAUUCCGACAUCCGUAUCCGCAUGGCGUUUGCUCAACAAUGAAUGUUGGCGUGUCCCGGGAACGUCACAUACAACACCAAAAGAGACUAAGUUCGAACCCGAUGAACUCAGGUUGGUGUCAAGGUCCUUCAAAGAGAGUACGUGAGGGAUAUCAGGACAUAGCUCCACGACAGCCGCGUCAUCCGCAACAGGAUUACGGUCAAAUGGAACAGUUUGACGUAAAUUUACUUUCCAUGGAGCAGCACGACGCCGCCCGCCACAUGCCUACGCCUUUCGUGAGCUCCGAGUCUUCGAAAACUCGAGGCCAGGAAGACAACUUUACGUUAAACUCGGCGGCGCGACUGGCUUACAUGGAGCGUCAGAAUGGGGUAUUCUCACAACAGCAAAACUUCCAACGUCACCAGAGUGACCUUCAACAGAUUAAGGACGUGGAUAUAUUCAGCCCCGAGGAUAUUGAAGGCAUCGCAUUUGAAAGCAUGGAUGAAUUUUUACCUCCACCUUCCGUGCAGUCAGCCCCAUCCCAGGACGAUGACAACCUUCGCACUUACGUCUUGCGCAUGCUCCAGGAGCUUUAACCUGAAUUUUGACUGCACCUAACAUAAGUAAUCUGGAAUAUAAGAGC